AUGGGGAAGAAAGGAUCAAACCAGAAAGCUGCUAAUGUGACUUCUGGGUCAUUGAGUUCAACGCUAAGGGAAGAGUCGAGUGGGAAGAAACAGACCAAAACUAAUGCCAAAUCCAUGCUAAAAUUAGAGCAUAUAAAGAAUCUUGCAGUUUGGGCUAGCGGCGAAGCCACCAUACCUUCAUUGGGCGCCUUCUUUGGGCAUCGUUUGGCUGCCUAUGCCGAUGCCUUGGGUACACACCCUGACCCGUCAUUGUUUCCUUGCCACAGUUCAACGCUAAGGGAAGAGUCGAGUGGGAAGAAACAGACCAAAACUAAUGCCAAAUCCAUGCUAAAAUUAGAGCAUAUAAAGAAUCUUGCAGUUUGGGCUAGCGGCGAAGCCACCAUACCUUCAUUGGGCGCCUUCUUUGGGCAUCGUUUGGCUGCCUAUGCCGAUGCCUUGGGUACACACCCUGACCCGUCAUUGUUUCCUUGCCACAGACGUGAAUCCAUUCUUCAGCCAGGCUAUAAUUUUACAGUACAAAUCGAAAAGAACAGAACAAAGGUGCAAAAUAGACGCAAGAAACCUAGUACAUCCACUCAGAACAAUGUGGUUUACAAGUGCCACUUCUGUUUCCAUGGUAAUAUCAAGAGAGGGACCCCGAGAGGCCAUAUGAAAGAGAUACGUCCUGGGAAGGCAAAACUGCCUUCUAAAUCAGAGCUAGCUGAUUCCGCAGACCACAAGCCUACCAGCUCAGAGCUUGUGACAAAUGACAAUGUUAAUGUUGAUGUUAAUAAGAUGGAUGAUGUUGCCUUACCAGAAGUAGCCAAAGAUGAUNGCCUUCUUUGGGCAUCGUUUGGCUGCCUAUGCCGAUGCCUUGGACGUGAAUCCAUUCUUCAGCCAGGCUAUAAUUUUACAGUACAAAUCGAAAAGAACAGAACAAAGGUGCAAAAUAGACGCAAGAAACCUAGUACAUCCACUCAGAACAAUGUGGUUUACAAGUGCCACUUCUGUUUCCAUGGUAAUAUCAAGAGAGGGACCCCGAGAGGCCAUAUGAAAGAGAUACGUCCUGGGAAGGCAAAACUGCCUUCUAAAUCAGAGCUAGCUGAUUCCGCAGACCACAAGCCUACCAGCUCAGAGCUUGUGACAAAUGACAAUGUUAAUGUUGAUGUUAAUAAGAUGGAUGAUGUUGCCUUACCAGAAGUAGCCAAAGAUGAUUCUAAAACGGGCACUCUGGCUGCUCCAUCAACGACAAGGGGCCUUUCUUUGUUGGAGGCAAAGAGCAGAAAGAGGAAUAAGCCAGGAUCUAAGAAAACAGCUGAACCUGAGAGCAGUUCUGCCACAACAGAUGCAGAAAAAGCUCCAAGCACAUCAAACAAGCGGAAGAGAAAAUCUUGGACUAGUUUGAAGGAAAUUGCUGGGAGCAGAGAGCAUGAUAGCAACCUAAAUAUCACCAACUUAACAAUCCCAUUCUUCAUAUAAUUGGGAUAACCUUUUAAAUAGACGGCACUGGACUCACUUUCCAGCUCACAAUUGAAAAGGUGUGGAACUUCAAAGGUCAGAGAAAGACUCUCUACAAGCGGAAAAGAGUACUUUGCAAGGGCACCAAUAUCCCAGAGGGACGAAGAUAUGAGUUAGGGCGGGGCAUGACAUACCUUCACUUAAGAGGAAGGUGCGGGUGUACAGGUCUAAGUCCCAGAUGAGAAGGGUGAUGUUUGCUAACCACCUAACCAUCUGCUUUCCAGGGCAUGUGAGGCUGUUCUGAUUGAUCCUAAUCAUGCGAAGCCCAUAGCGUAACUAUAAGG